AUGGCGGACAAAAGUGACAUAAAAGCCGAGCUAGAGCGCAAAAAGCAGCGCCUAGCUCAGAUCAGGGAGGAGAAGAAGAGGAAGGAGGAGGAAAGGAAAAAGAAAGAGGUAAGGUGGGAAGAAAGUGAGUAGACCCACUCUUUAAAGCUCAUCCCUGUCUGUCCAUAGUGAAGCUGAGCCAUAGACCUCAUCAUGCUAAUAUCCUAUUGCGAACUAAUGUACUACAUUUGUGUGUGUGUGUGUGUGUGUGUGUGUGUAUAUAUACCUGCUUUUUCCAUGACAUAGACUGACCAGGUGAAAGCUAUGAUCCCUUAUUGAUGUCACUUGUUAAAUCCACUUCAAUCAGUGUAGAUGAAGGGGAGGAGACAGGUUAAAUAAAGGAUUUUUAAGCCUUGAGACAAUUAAGACAUGGAUUGUGUAUGUGUGCCAUUCAGAGGGUGAAUGGGCAAGACAAUAGAUUUAAGUGCCUUUGAACGGGGAAUGGUAGUAGGUGCCAGGCGCACCGGUUUGUGUCAAGAUCUGCAACGCUGCUGGGUUUUUCAUGCUCAACAGUUUCUCGUUUGUAUCAAGAAUGGUCCACAACUCAAAGGACAUCCAGCCAACUUGACACAAAUGUGGGAAGCAUUGGAGUCAACAUGGGCCAGCAUCCCUGUGGAACGCCCCGACGAAUUGAGGCUGUUCUGAGGGCAGAAAGGGCGUGUGUAACUCAAUAUUAGGAAGGUGUUCCUAAUGUUUGGUAUACUCAGUGUGUGUGUGUGUGUGUGUGUAUGUAUGUGUGUGUGUGUGUGUACAGACAGAGACGCAGCAGAAGGCUGAAGCUGCCCCAGUGGACUCCGACUUGGACCGGAAGCGCAGAGAGACUGAGGCCCUCCUACAGAGCAUUGGCAUCUCCCCAGAACCCCCACUAGGUACACAGACACACACACUGCACAACACAACUAAAAUUAGUUAGGGAUGAGCUCCUCAAACAAAGUUACAGUUAGUGUUUCUGUGAGGCAGAAACCAUAGAAAUAAGAAUGAAUAGAAAGGGUGUCUCCAUUCAAGUCAAUGAUGGCAUAAUGGGUAGACUGGCAGCCAUUUUGAGUGUACCCAUGCCAGGAAGUAAAAUCAAGAAAUGUACCCUUCAAUCUGUGCUGUGAUUUGUUCAGUCAACUCAACUGAAAUUACAAAAAAUCCAUUCCAUUGCAUGAGCCACAUCAGUUAGCAUCAUUUGAAUUAACAUUCUACAUUACCAUGGCAAUCCAGCAUCAGUUGAUACAGUAUAACAUUCCAAAAUACAGUGGAAAUGUUUGCAUCACAAUACCAGGCAGCCAUUCGGAGUGACCCAUGAGUUUACCAGUCAAUUGCCAGGGUUAGAGCUUCCAAGUCCGUUCUAGUCAUUCUUAUUUCUAUGGCAGAAACCAUCAUCAUAUAUAUGGUGAGCUGUAAUGGAACAAACAUAUGUUCUGUUCUUCCUUUUAUCUAUAUACAGUAUAUGUGCUUGCUACUGUUGCAUGCGACAAGAGUUGAAUUUGCCGUUUUACUUUUACACAUCUGUAAUAUCCAGUGUUUUUGUGUGUGUUUUUUUUUUUUACACAUGAUCAUUACUUGUUUCUCAAGUUCACUUUUCUAUUUCCUCACAAUGUCUAAAAUAAAUUGAAAUAUUUUAGAAUUCACAUGUGAGAAAAUCUUAAAAUGUCAUACCAUUAAUUUAAUUUCUGUGAAAGUUCGUCCUCCAUGAUGUUAUGCACAUGCUCUCAAUUUUUAUUUCUAACAAUUUCAUACCUUUUCCAUUUCAUCUUAUCUUUCCUAUGUUUUUUAUUUGAUUUAUUUCCUCAUGUGUGGUGCUAUCUUGAACCUAAAGGGGUUCUUCGGCUGGCCCCAUAACAUAACCCUUUGAAGAACCUUUUUUGGUUCCAGGUAGAACUCUUUCCACAGAGGGUUCUACAUGGAACCCAAAAGGGUUCUACCUGGAACCAAAAAGGUUUAUCCUAUGGGGACAGCCGAAUAACCCUUUUGGAAUCCUUUUUUCUAAGAGUGUAGUAUUUUAUGAGCACUUUAUCUAUGCCCAGGUGUUUCCUCAAGCCCAUGAUAUUGAGGUGGAGUUGUUGUAUGCAAAUAUAUGUGGAGAACAUCCACAUUUUCACAUUGAAAUGAUGGGCUUAACAACAGUUGAAAACAUACUGUUUCUCACUACCCUAAUAAUGUAAGUUUAAAAAGGUAUUUGUCAGUGUUCUCUAGUGGUACAAUAUUGUAACAACACCUUGAUCGCAACAUGACCUUUUGGUUGUUGUACAACAGUGGCUUUUGUCAAUGAAACCUUCCAAUUGUCACGAUCGUCGGGAACAGAGGACCAAGGCGCAGCGUUGAAUGCAAACAUACUUAUUUAAUAAUUCACGAACAAAACAACAAACGAUAACGUGACGUCCACGGUCUAACACAAACCACACUGGAACAAGAUCCCACAACACUGGGAAAACAGCCUGUCUAAAUAUGGUUCCCAAUCAGAGACAACCAGCAACAGCUGACACUCGUUGCCUCUGAUUGAGAACCACUCUGGCCAACAUAGAAAUACAACCACUAGAAUGGACACAACGAGCACAAAACAUAAAGAACACUCACACCCUGGCUCAAUAUACCAGCGUCCCCAGAGCAAGGGCGUGACAGUACCCCCCCCCCCCCCAAAGGCGCGGACUCUGAUCGCGCCAACAGAACACCACAGGGGAGGGACCGGGUGGGCACUCCGCCUUGGCGGCGGAUCCGGCUCUGGGCAUGAUCCCCACUCCCUCUCUAACCCCCCACAGUACCCCUGGUCCGGUCUGGCCCUGCUGGCCGGAGCUGGACUGAACACUGGUGGAGCGGAUUGCUCUAGCUCCGACGUGGAGCAGCUGACCGGUACCGGACCAGGCACCGGUGGAACAGGCACGGGCUGUGCCGGACUGACGACGCACACCACUGGCUUGGUGUGGGGAGCAGGAACAGGCCGAGCCGGGCUGACGAAGCGCACCACUGACUUGGUGCGGAGAGCAGGAACAGGCCGGGCCGGGCUGGCGACGCGCACCAUAGGCUUGGUGCGGGGAGCAGGAACAGGCUGGACCGGGCUGGCGACGCGCACCAUAGGCUUGGUGCGGGGAACAGGAACAGGCCGGACCGGGCUGGCGACGCGCACCACAGGCUCGAUGCGGGGAGCAGGAACAGGCCGGACCGGGUUGGCGACGCGCACCACAGGCUCGAUGCGAGGAACAGGAACAGGCCGGACCGUACUGGGGACACACACCACUGGCCCUACGCGGGGAUCAGGAACGGGCCGGACCGGACUGGUAACACACCCCAGUACCUCUCGCCGUGCCUCUACACUUUCCUUCCCCUUUGUGACCAGUGGCCCCCGUAACCUGGCAGCCUCCUCUGCCAACCCGCUGGACCGCUCUAUCGCGGCCUCCUGCUGCCCCGUCGUCCACGGCGUGAGCCCCCCCCUAAACAUUUUCUGGGCUUGUCUCUCCCCCGUGGACCAGGCCUCCAUGGUUCUCGCCCACCUUUCGCCCUUCUGCUUCCAAGUCAAGCCCCUCUCUUCCUCACACGGCUUGACCCAGUCGAGGAGGCGAAGGAGAUCCGCUAGAGAUCUCCCUGGCGAUGGCUCCUGGACACGCUGCUUGGUCCAGUCUUGGUGGGAUCUUCUGUCACGAUCGUCGGGAACAGAGGACCAAGGCGCAGCGUUGAAUGCAAACAUACUUAUUUAAUAAUUCACGAACAAAACAACAAACGAUAACGUGACGUCCGCGGUCUAACACAAACCACACUGGAACAAGAUCCCACAACACUGUGGGAAAACAGCCUGUCUAAAUAUGGUUCCCAAUCAGAGACAACCAGCAACAGCUGACACUCGUUGCCUCUGAUUGAGAACCACUCUGGCCAACAUAGAAAUACAACCACUAGAACGGACAUAACGAGCACAAAACAUAAAGAACACUCACACCCUGGCUCAAUAUACCAGCGUCCCCAGAGCCAGGGCGUGACACCAAUGACCAAUGAAAGCCAUGAUUGCUUUGACUUGAAUCGUAAAUGAGGAAUCCACUUGACUUUCUGUCCCCUUUGUGUUUUCAUUUAAUCAUUAUUUUUUAUCACUCAUUUGCUUUCAACCAUUUCACCCUGUUUUUCCUUUCGGCCACCCACUGUCUCUCUGGCAUUGCUUGGGUUGACCAGUCCAUCCGCUGCAGCCUUUAAUGUUGGAUACGUGUUAUUUUCAUUAUUUAGUCCCGAACCCCAUGUCCCCAUCCAAAUCAGUGAGCCGACACAGCACCCCCAGUGAGACGGGAAGUCAGGACUCAGCCGAUGGGGCCGCAGCCGGCAGGUAGGCAGCCAUCUUGUUUAUAUGACUAUUAUUAUACUUUAUUAUAACAUAUGGUUGAGUUAGAGUUACUGACCCAGAUGAGGGCCAGGGCAAGAGUAACUGGAAUAUUGCUGAGAUUAUAAUAUAAUGAUUAUGAUGCUUAUCAUCCAAUACAUCAAGGGUGUUCUCUGAAAGAUUAUCAUUGACUGUUUAGAUUCAGUAGUAUUACAUUUGUUUUUGUUUUCAAUGCGACUUUGAGAUUCUUGUUUGUAAUGAAAAGCGCUAUAUAAAAUAAAUAUAUUAUUACUGUAGUAUUACUGUAGUAUUCCUGUAGUAUUCUAGUGGCCCUUUGGCUGUGUCCCCUGGCUUAAAGGAAUGCAAAAUGCAUCAUAUGAUGCAUCAAGGCAAGUCUUUGCUCUACUGAAAGUUAUUUAUCUUGACUGCUGACAUUCACCAUUUUGGGGGAUUUUAUUAACAGUGGACUAAUGGUCAAUAUCUUUUUAGAGUAAUAUUCCUUUAAUGACCUGGGGGUUGUAGUUAAGUGACCAAACACUAUGAGCAGACAGUUUAUCUAUGCUCCUAGCUCACUCACAUAUCUCUCUUUGUCUCUUUGUAUGGGAUCUGCAGGUAUAGGUAAGGACCAAUGUCAGUGAGGGUUGUUGUUGGAUGUUGUGUCUUGUAGCUGUGUGUUUUGAUACAGUCUGUCACUGUCAUUUAUCUCAUUCUAUUAUGACAUAAGCACAACUCGCAAGAGAACAUUUAAUCUCUAAACUGUGUGAUGAGAAUAUUAUUCAGACUCAGAUUUGACUUGCAUAUCAAACUCUCCCAAGUUACUUUUGUUUUCUGGUAUUUUAAGCCCCAAUCCUAAUUUUUUGGGAAAGAUAGUAAUUUAAAUGGUUAACUUUUCAGAGAGCAUCCUUGGUGAGCCACAAAAUGUCUUCCAAGUCCUGUACAUGCUAGAAUGCUCUGUAGAUAUCAACUUGAUGCACAUGAUUCAACUCUCACUUCUCUGAAGAUGCAGCCUCCUAAUCAGAAGUCACACAGUGACAUAGGGAUUGAUCUGGUCCGUCUGUCUGCACCCUUAGCCUGCAGACAGGUCUAUAAUUAAGAGCAUAUAAUGUACUGUCAGUUUGCCUUGCAGCACAGAAAGUGAGCCCAAUGUGACAUGUCAUGCUAGCUCAGGACCUGUCUCUGCUUUCAUCCGGAAGCCCAGGAUAUGUUCACAGGCGUCAUGCUGUGGCACUGCUGCAACCCAUGUGUCAUACAUGCUUAUGUGUCAUCAUAGCUCACGUUCAUCUCAUUCUCACACACCAAACCAGCACUGAUGACUAAUGCAACUGUGCUAUCCAGUCCAAUUGUGUGGACUGAAUCAGAUAUCUGACACUGAGAAGGACCCCCAGAACCGCAAUAGAGUACAAUCCCCCUCAAGAAUGGAACUCUAUUCUCUGUUUGCUAAGCAGACUUCCAUUACAGAGGUGAAUAGUGUGUGACAGAGGAUGCUGGUGGGUUAAACUAUAGGAGGACAGGCUUAUUGUAAUGGCUGGAAUGGAUGGAAUAAAUGGAACGGUAUCAACCACAUCCAACAUAUGGAAACCUACAAUGAGCCUAUCCUUCUAUAUGUCCACCUAACAGCCUCCUCUGGUGUGUGAGGCUGCUGUCCCCAUCAGGCAUGGUGUGUUGGUCAUCGUGACGGUGUCCCAUGUUGAGUGUGUCCAUUUAUGACUGUGUCCCCUCUCAGGUCAGGGUUGUCUGGCGUUAGUAAGCAUCAGUCACAAGCUCAGAGUGACAGGUAAGUAUUUUCUACUCAGAGCAAGGAAUGCUCAAGCCCAAGCUUUUCGCCCACAGACAGGACACACAAACAGAGAAACAGACAUACAGACAUACAGACACAGUGAUACAGAUAGACAGUGAAUGUUAUGGCAGGUGUGUUUCUGUCAGGCAUAAAAAGCUACAAAGAGUUGUUUGUUCCCUCUUGGGUGACUGCUGCCUGACACCUGCUGUUUCCCUAAGCGCCGGCUUGAAAGAUUUCCACUCACAUGGUUCAAUAGAUGUCAUUUCUCUGUGACGGGACUGACAAUACAGUCUUUUAGGGUGGCAUCCCAGUUAAGACAGUCGGGGCGAGUGACGCGGUUGACGCUUUACCACGCUCUACUAGCAUUGUGCAUCUGUUAAAGUGGUAAUGGGCAUGUUCACCAUUCCUAAAAGGUAUCAUUGAGAAGUUUUGCGGGUAAAAAAUGCUAGCUACCCUGUCACAAUUUGCACUUUGGGAGAUGACUUUAGAGAAAGCUCCAGUUUGUUUAUAAGCCACCCUGAAUGAUUGUCCCACAAACAAAAGCAAGCACAGCUUUAUCACUAAGCAUAUACUGUAUAAACAAAAUAUAUUCUUAAUACAUGACAUAUUGGUGUUAUAUACAGUACCAGUCAAAAGUUUGGACACACCUACUCAUUCAAAGUUUUUUCUUUAUUUUAACUAUUUUCUACAUUGUAGAAUAAUAGUGAAGACAUCAAAACUAUGAAAUAACACAUAUGGAAUCAUGUAGUAACCAAAAAGUGUAAAACAAAUCAAAAUGUAUUUUAUAUUUGAGAUUCUUCAAAUAGCCACCCUUUACCUUGAAGACAGCUUUGCACACUCUUGGCAUUCUCUCAAACAGAUUCAUGAGGUAGUCACCUGGAAUGCAUUUCAAUUAACAGGUGUGCCUUGUUAAAAGUUAAUUUGUGGAAUUUCCUUCCUUCUUAAUGCGUUUGAGCCAAUCAGUUGUGUUGUGAAAAGGUAGGGGGGGUAUACAAAAGAUAGCCCUAUUUGGUAAAAGACCAAGUCCAUAUUAUGGCAAGAACAGCUCAAAUAAUCAAAGAGAAAUGACAGUCCAUCAUUACUUUAAGACAUAAAGGUCAGUCAAUACGGAAAAUGUGAAGAACUAUGAAAGUUUCUUCAAGUGCAGUCGCAAAAACCAUCAAGCGCUAUGAUGAAACUGGCUCUCAUGAGGACCGCCACAGGAAAGGAAGACCCAGAGUUACCUCUGCUGCAGAGGACAAGUUCAUUAGAGUUACCAGCCUCAGAAAUUGCAGCCCAAAUAAGUGCUUCACAGAGUUCAACAUCAACUGUUCAGAGGAGACUGCAUGAAUCAGGUCUUCAUGGUUGAAUUGCUGCAAAGAAACUACUACUAAAGGACACCAAUAAGAAGAAGAGACUCGCUUGGGCCAAGAAACACGAGCAAUGGACAUUAGACUGGUGGAAAUCUGUCCUUUGGUCUGGAGUCCAAAUUGGAGAUUUUUGGUUCCAACCGCUGUGUCUUUGUGAGGCGCAGUGUAGGUAAACGGAUGAUCUUCGCAUGUGUAGUUCCCACGUGAAGCAUGGAGGAGGAGGUGUGAUGGUGCUUUUCUGGUGACAUUGUCUGUGAUUUAUGUAGAAUUCAAGGCACACUUAACCAGCAUGGUUACCACAUCAAUCUGCAGUGAUAUGCCAUCCCAUCUGAUUUGGGCUUAGUGGGACGAUCAUUUGUUAUUCAACAGGACAAUGACCCAACACACCUCCAGGCUGUGUAAGGGCUAUUUUACCAAGAAAGAGAGUGAUGGAGUGCUGCAUCAGAUGACCUGGCCUCCACAAUCCCCCGACCUCAACCCAAUUGAGAUGGUUUGGGAUGAGUUGGACCGCAGAGUGAAGGAAAAGCAGCCAGCAAGUGCUCAGCGUAUGUGGGAAGUCCUUAAAAGACUGUUGGAAAAGCAUUCCAGGUGAAGCUGGUUGAUAGAAUGCCAAGAGUGUGCAAAGCUGUCAUCAAGACAAAGGGUGGCUACUUUGAAGAAUCUCAAAUAUAUCAUAUAUUUUGAUUUGUUUAACACUUGUUUGGUUACUACAUGAUUCCAUAUGUGUUAUUUCAUAGUUUUGAUGUCUUCACUAUUAUUCUACAAUGUAGAAAAUAGUUAAAAUAAAGAAAAACCCUUGAAUGAGUAGAUGUGUCCAAACUUCUGACUGGUACUGUAUGUCAUAAAACUGCUUUCAUAUGCUGAAUGUGAUUGUGUACAUGUAUUGUGACUUGUGUAGACUGUAUGUGAAGAUGCAUACAUUGUGUGCUGGUUCAAUGUCCUGUAUUGUUGGCACAAACUGGCAUAUAUGAAAGAUGGAAAUACAAAAUAUCUGUUUGUAAAGCUAUAUAUAUGAAAGAUUGAAGUACAACAUAUCUGUUUGUAAAACUAUAUAUAUGAAAUAUGGAAAUACAACAUAUCUGUUUGUAAAGCUAUAUAAAUGAAAGAUGGAAGUACAACAUAUCUGUUUGUAAAACUAUAUAUAUGAAAGAUGUGGUCCUCUGUAGCUCAGCUGGUAGAGCACGGCGCUUGUAACGCUAAGGUAGUGGGUUCGAUCCCCGGGACCACCCAUUCACAAAAAAAAAAAAAAAUGUAUGCACGCAUGACUGUAAGUCGCUUUGGAUAAAAGCGUCUGCUAAAUGGCAUAUUAUAUUAUUAUUAUUAUAUUAUAUUAUAGAUGGAAGUACGACAUAUCUGUUUGUAAAGCUAUAUAUACACUACUGGUCAGAAGUUUUAGAUCACCUACUCAUUUAAGGUUUUUCUUUAUUUUUACUAUUUUCUACAUUGUAGAAUAAUAGUGAAGACAUCAAAACUAUGAAAUAACGCAUAUGGAAUCAUCUAGUAACCAAAAAAGUGUUAAACAAAUCCAAAUAUAUUUUAUAUUUGAGAUUCUUCAAAUAGCCACCCUUUGCCUUGAUGACAGCUCUGCACACUCUUGAGAUUUUUGGUUCCAUCCUCCGUGUCUUUGUGAGACACGGUGUGGGUGAAAGGAUGAUCAAACAGAUACAGCAUAUCUGUUUGUAAAGCUUCUGCGCUUAUGUCGCAUUAUGUUGGGGGAUAAUUUUAUAUUUGUCCAUCCAUUUGGAUUUUGAAGAACAGAUAAUACAUAUUUCUAUAAGACAUAUUGCCUUAUACAUUUUUGGUCAUCAAGUUGUUAUUUACAUAGUUAUUAAACCAUGUUCAUAUUACCAUGACAUUUUAUACAAAUGUUGUACAUUGUACAUUGUCCCACCAUAAUUUAAUCUUCAUCAAAUAUAUCUUCUGAUAUUUUGCCAAGAAUCUAUAACAGGAGAUAGAUAGAUACAUGUUAAAACCUAAACAUGUUCCCUAUUGAAAUAACCAACUGUCAUGUCCCCAAUAAUUGAUUGUGUUUGUCCUGUGUGUCUCAAUGCCCUUGUAUGUGUAUUUUUGUCUAAAGUUAUUCUGUUACGUGUGUGUGUGUGUGUGUGUGUGUGUGUGUGUGUGUGUGUGUGUGCAUGCGUGUGCAUGCAUGUGUGAAGGUGUGGUUUGUGUCAAUUCUGUUUCAAUUCAGACAAUCAAGGAAUUAAUUUAAAUUCCAAAUCAAGAAUGGAAAAAUCCCCAUUGAAAAGAGGAUUUGGAAUCUCAAGUAAUCUCCUGAUUCAACAGAAUUGAAAUUAACUGAAAUGUAUCCCAACCCAGCUCAGAAUGUGUUUAUCUGAGGUGGCUCACCUCCUAACAUGGCAUGUGUUCUCCCUCCCUCCCUUGCGCCCCCUGCUGCCCACCCGAGGACCCUGCAGUGGGACACUGACCCCUCUGUUCUGCAGCUGCAGGAUGACUCCGAGCUAGGGUACUUACUGGUUCCUCUCCUCUCUUUCCGUAUUUUUUCCUUCUCUCUAUCCUUGCUCCUCUUGGGGUGGUGUGUGGUUCAAUCAGAGAAGGGCUGUCUGAACACCAGGGGUGUAUUCAGAGAUGUGAAACAAGCAUAACAUUUCAAAUAGAAAUACCAUGAAUAGAGCUGAAUGUCAGAUUGGCAUGGCUGUUCUAUGCAAUAUAUUUCUAUCUGAAUGUUCCACAACAUUAUGCCCUACUGAAUUAAGCCCUGAUGAGGUACUGCAAACACAAAGGACUGAAUCGCCAUAUUAAAUGUUUCAGUGUUUUGUGCUUGAAUGUACCAGUGUGUGUGUGUGUGUGUGUGUGUGUGUGUGUGUGUGUGUGUGUGUGUGUACUGUUGUUUGUGUGUGUGUGUGUGUUGGUCAGCAGUGCUGAAGUGUGUAGCAUGAUGUACUACAGUACCCAUAAUGCUAUGUGACCCACUACUUCCUGUCUCUCUCCAUCCAGGCGCAGGAUGCAUAGACUGGGGGCGUCUAAGAUCACACAGGUGGACUUCCUACCCAGAGAGGUGGUGUCGUACUGCAAAGAGACUCAGACGCCCAUCACUGGCACUACCCAUCUGUCUGAGGGUGAGUGUGUAAGGUGUGCGUGCGCGUGUGUGUAUAUGUGUGUGUAUAUGUGUGUGUGUGUGUGUGUGAGUAUUUUAUAAUUGACAUAACACAGCAAUAUCGAUUGCUCCCUCUUUACAACAUACCCUCUACAAAAAAAAUUAAAAAACAACACACACUCUACAGUUGUGAAAACGGAGAAGUCCACAUUGAUCUGAUUGCCAUUACUUGUCAGAUGGGCUGUGGGCCUUACUGCCUGGUUUGA